AUGGCGCCCCGUCCCCUCACCGGAAGCUAUGCACCUCUCACGGCAGAGGGGAAUCUAUCAUUGUCGCAAUUCAUGACACAAUUCAAUCCUGACAAUGUCGCCUCUGACAAGGUCGUCCACGUGGAUACAAUCAUGAACAAGGCCAUAACCUACGGAGCCCUACGAGAAGAAGCCGCCAAGUGUGCUUGGGGUUUGAAAAACUUAGGCUUGCAGAAGGGGAAGCUGGUCCUAGCCAUCGCGCCAAACUCGACAGAUUUCGUUCUGCUCGCACACGCAACAUGGUGGGCAGGGGCAUGCUUCUCGCCAGUCAAUCCUUCAUCGACCGGCAAAGAACUUGCCCACUUUCUGAACCUCACAAAGCCUGCCAUUGUCGCAGUAUAUCCCGCCUGCCUGGCGGCUCUCCGAGAAGCCAUAAAGUUGACUAGAAUGACGCCAACCAUCAUUACUCUGAUCUCAAGAUCAGGGGCCUUACCGCUUUUCCCGGACGACAUUGCUGGACGUACCAGAGAUGAAGUGGCUGCCGUCUACAGCCUCACCAGUGAUAGGCUGAGUGCCAGAACAACUGCAGCUGUGGUCUGCUUCUCAUCGGGUACCACUGGAAAGGUCAAAGGUGUGCAAUUGUCACACUAUAACCUCAUUUCCAAUGUUUUACAGAUGAGAUGCUCUCUCCCGAGUCUAGCGAAUUCCUCGCAGCGUGAGGUCUUCUUCGCACCGUAUUGCCACAUCUACGGCAUGUCAUGUGUCGUGGUGCAGGCCAUGUGGCUAGGUGCCUUUGCCUGCGCCAUACACGCAUUCAAUCUCGAUGUGUUUUGCGCAAAAAUGGCAGAAUUCAGAGCCACCUGGGCGCACGUUGUGCCUCCGGUUGCUGUCAUGUUGGCAGCAUCUGACAUACCCAUGAAGUAUGAUCUGUCUGCCCUGCAACGUAUCGUGGUGGCUGCGGCACCUACAAAGAAGUCCCUUCAGACUCAGCUCAAAGCCCGAUUUUCGCAGUCAGUGAAGGUCUUGCAAGGUUACGGACUCACGGAAUGCUCGCCAAGUGUCCUCCAUCAGCACGAAUCCGACGAGGACGAUAUCGGGACAGUCGGGAAAGUCUUAUCGGGUACACAAGUUCGACUGGUCGACCCUGUCUCGAAGGAAGACGUUGCACCUGGGCAAGAAGGGGAACUUUGGGUGCAGGGGCCGCAGGUGAUGAUGGGCUAUUUAGGUGAUUCCGAAGCUACGGCCGGAACAUUUUCAGGUGGCUGGUUAAGAACUGGUGAUAUCAUGAGAGUCGACGACAAGGGGAACUUCUGGGUCGUUGAUCGCUUGAAGGAGCUAAUCAAAUAUAAAGGGUUCCAGGUCGCCCCGUCUGAGCUCGAGGAUAUAUUGAUCUCGCACCCAAAGGUAUCAGAUGCAGCCGUCUCGUCCAUGUACGACGAUGCGCAGGCAACCGAGCUUCCCUGUGCCUACGUUGUUUUGAAGCCAGAUGUGAUUGCCGGGGAAGCCUCCAACUUGAAAGCAGCGCUGCAAGAGAUUCGGCAAUGGGUUGACGGGCAAGUCGCGGGUUACAAGAAACUUCGAGGAGGUGUCUUCCAUGUCUCGGAACUGCCCAAGACAGCGAGCGGGAAGAUACUGCGGAGGUUGUUGCCGCCAAAACUGCAGCAAUCUAGACAGGCUAGACUAUAG